CGAAUUCGUCCGCGUCUAGCUCGAACGCCGCCGCAGCAGCAAGGAACCAGCCAACCUCCCGCGCCGUCGCCAUGCAAGCGAUCGCGUCCGCGCGCGUCUCCGCGUCGACCGCGCGGGAUCGCUCCGUCUCCGUCGCCGCGGGCUCGAGACGCGGCGUCGUCGCGACGUUCGCGCCCGCGCGGAGAACGCGCGAGGCGUCGCGCGCGUCGCGUCUCGUCGUCAACGCGGGGAAUGUCCAGCAAGUGAACAAGGACGAGCUCGAGAAGGUCAUGGAGGACCGAUCGACGCCGCUGAUCAUCGACUUCUUCGCGACGUGGUGCGGUCCGUGCGUCUUGCUCGCGUCCGAGCUCGAGAAGGUCAAAGAAGAGCUCGGGGAUUCCGUCCGAAUCGUCAAGGUUGACACGGACAAGGAAGAGGAGCUCUCGUCUCAGCUGCAGAUUCAAGGCUUGCCGACGCUCGUGUUCGUGGGCACGGACAAGACGAAGCCGGCGCUGAGGACGGAGGGGAUGCUUCCCGCGGAGAUGGUCAAGAACAUCAUCGCGAACGAGCUCUGAGGCGGGCGCGAUGUGAUCGUCGAAGGAGGGAGCGCGUUCUUUCCUUCCUUCCUUCUUCCUCUCUCGAGCGUGUAUCUACUAUCGUGAUUUGGUUGCCAUGAA